UUCAGCUCUGGCGUUGUACACGGAUAUACGACAUUUGAUCUGAUUGUACAUUAAGGAUUAAGGAACGCCAUAUCUUAUCAAGUCAGUACACGUGGUUUCCCAUAACUUCAAUUAAAAUGAUAUUGACAGUUUCUAAAAAAUUCAUAACCGGUUUUAUUAAUCAUCUUUGAGACACUGUCCGAUUAUUAUUUAUAAAAUGGAAGAAAAUUGGGAUAAUGAUAGUGGUUGGAAUCGACCAAAAUCUGUUGGACAAAAUGGAAGUGAUUCCAAUGUAGGUUUCAAUAAUAAUUGUUAUAAACCUAGUUCCGGACAACGCAACCAUCAAACUAGGAAUAACCAUGGUUUCAAUCAAAGUCGUGGAUUUCAACAAGAUCGUAGAUACAAUCAAAACCAUGGAUUCACGCAAGAUUGGGGUUCUAAUCAGAACCGUAAUGAUAGGAGAAAUCAAAAUUCUAGACACUUGCCUAAUUCUAGAGAAGAAAAGUGUACGGUUUUUAUAGAAACCAGUAAAUUAGGUAAAUUAAUUGGUAGAGGAGGUAGUCAAAUUCGAGAGUUACAAGACCAAAGCAGUGCAAGAAUAAAUAUUGAGAAAGACUGUGUAAAUGGUGAUAGUACUCUUGUUAUUAUAACUGGUCCUAUAAAUGCACAAAAUAAAGCUAAGGCCUUAAUAGAUGCUUUAUUAGCUGAUUUACCAACUGAGCAUAAUUCAUCAACAAAUUUAUCAGAUAGAACUGAAAGCUUAGAGAAGCGUGAAGGCAAUUCCUCUGAGGAAGACAAGGAAAUAAAUUGGACACAAGCUGCUUUAGAAUAUGAACAAGCUCAACAAGAGAAGUGGGCACAAUAUGGGCCAAUAAAAAAAGAUUUUUAUAAAGAAGAUCCUAAAAUAGCAAAUUUAUCAGAAGAAGAAGUAGAGCAAAUUCGGAAAGAAAAUAAUCAAAUCAAAGUUCAGCACACCUUUGACGUAAAAGAUUCAAAAACUCCUAAUGAUUUUAAAAUUCCAAAUCCAAUAGAAACAUUUGAGCAAGUUUUCAGACCUUAUCCAGAUAUACUAAUGGAAAUAGCAAAGCAAGGAUUUCAAAAACCUAGCCCUAUACAAUGUCAAGCGUGGCCAAUUUUACUUUCUGGUAAAGAUAUGAUAGGCAUAGCACAAACUGGAACAGGAAAAACACUUGCUUUCCUGCUACCAGCUCUUAUUCACAUUGACAAUCAAGAGAUUCCACGAGAUAAAAGAUCUGGUCCAUCAGUUUUAGUAAUGGCUCCCACACGAGAGUUAGCUUUACAAAUUGAAAAAGAAGUAAAUAAAUACGAUUAUCAUGGAAUAAAGGCUGUCUGUGUGUAUGGGGGUGGCAAUCGUAAGGAACAAAUGAACAUUGUCUCUAAAGGAGUAGAGAUUGUCAUUGCUACACCAGGACGCUUGAAUGAUCUUGUUCAGACAGGAGUUUUAGAUGUUAAGUGCGUUUCAUAUUUAGUUUUGGAUGAAGCAGAUCGAAUGCUUGAUAUGGGUUUUGAACCACAAAUUCGGAAAACACUUUUGGAUGUUAGGCCUGACAGACAAUCAGUGAUGACUAGUGCAACCUGGCCAGCUGGAGUUCGACGACUAGCACAGACAUACAUGCAAAAUCCUGUGACAGUGUGUGUUGGAUCUUUGGAUCUCAAAGCUACACAUAGUGUAACUCAAAUAAUUCAUAUAGUUACAGAAGAAGAGAAAACAGAUAUGCUUCUUGAUUUUUUACACAAUAUGGGGCCAGAUGAUAAAGUUAUUGUAUUUUUUGCAAAAAAAACUACGGUUGAUGAUGUGGGUAGUAAUUUAGCUUUACGUGGAGUUAUAAAUCAAAGCAUUCAUGGAGGUCGAGAACAAUCAGAUAGAGAACAAGCUUUAGAGGAUAUUAAAUCCGGACAAGUACGCAUACUUCUGGCAACAGAUGUUGCUAGUCGAGGCCUAGACAUAGAAGAUAUAACGCAUGUGUUUAAUUACGAUUUUCCUAAAGACAUUGGAGAAUAUGUACAUCGUGUUGGAAGGACGGGGAGAGCAGGACGAACAGGUGAAAGUAUAAGCCUCGUGACUCGUAAAGACUGGGGUGUUGCUGAAGACCUUAUAAAAAUUUUGGAAGAAGCUGAACAGGAAAUUCCUGAUGAACUUUGCGAGAUGUCUAAGCGGUUUAAUAACAUGCUAAAACAAAAAUCUGAAGAAAGAGACAAUGAUCAUAGGGAUGGAAGAAGGCAAGGAGGUAGAAGAGACAGUGGCAGAGAUCGUUAUGGGGGUGGUGGUGGAAGGAGAUGGUAAUGAUAUAUUGGUGUGUCACUAUUAUUAUUUAAUAUGUAUUUGCAUUCAUUUCAUUUUUAUUUUCAAUCUAUCAAUGCGUUUUCAAUUGUUAUAUCAUUUCAAAAUAUUCAUAAAAAAUAAUUCAUAUUUUUAUCCUGAUGAUUAGAACAAAUUUGUUUAGAAUUUUUAUUUAGAGUACAAUAUAACUCAAUAUUCUUAUCAAACUUAAAGUUUUUUGUUUUUUCAUUCCAAAAAUAUAUGAACUGUUUUUUUUUAUUGCAAUUGCUAAUAAAUUCCAUUAUCAUGUUAGCAAAACUGUGAUAAAAUAAAAAAUAUGAGUGUAUGUUUGAUUAUAAUUUUCUUCUCAGUUUAAUUUUUUUUUUCAUAUAUUAUAUUUUACCUAAAA